AUGGCCUUCAAGUCGCUGUUCCACGCGGCUCUUCUCGCGACCUCGACGGUUGCGACCAACCUGUACGUGGCCGAGACCAACGGCAACCUGACCACCCUCUCUCUCACCCGCACCGGUGACAAGAUCAGCCUCGAAUUGUCUUCCCGGACCGAAGACUGCAACAAGAACCCGUCCGGCCUGUACUUAGACGCCCCUAACCGGAUCUUGUACUGUCUCGACCGCGCCUCUAACAAGGACGUUAACGGCACCCUCAACUCUUUCUCGGCCGAUGCGACUGGCUCGUUGUCCGCGAUUGAUUCGAUCCCCGUGCCCGCGUCCGGAGUCUGGCUCCAGGCCUUUGGCGGCGGCGAUGCGGGAGCCAGGGGCAUGGCUAUGUGCUCUUACAACAAGAGUGCAGCCGCCAUCGUCGGCAUCAGCGACGAUGGCCAGUUCGACCCCAACGCCUACGAGUCGUGGUACCCCGAGACCGUCGAGCCCGGCCCGGUCACCGCUCGCCAGGACGCGUCCUACCUGCACCACGUGAUCAUCGACCCGACCGGGAAGUUCAUGCUGAUGCCGGAUUUGGGCCAGGACAUGAUCCGCGUCUACACUUGGGAUUCCGAGAAGCUGAUUCCCGUGGCCGAGCAGCCCUCGUUGCAGACGGAAAAGGGCGUGGGUCCUCGCCACGGCGUCUUCUGGACUUCCGACACGGGCAAGCAGUAUCUCUUCUUCGUCGGUGAGCUCGACCAGCAGGUGCACACCUACGAGAUCACCUACUCCGACUCGGGCCUGACCUGGACCUUCGUCUCUGCCGUCGCGGGGGUGGAUGCAGCUCUGCCGGCAGAGAAAGCCCCCCUCAGCGGUAUCGUCUUGACCCCCGACAACCGCUUCAUCAUCGUCUCUAGCCGUGACGUUUCCUUCAAGGCCUCCCCCAAGUACCAGUCCGGCGAUACCGACACCCUCUCCACCUUCUCAAUCGGGGCCGACGGCCAGCUCACGCUCGUCCAGCUCGCCCCGUCCGGUGGCUGGUCGCCCCGCCAGUUCUCGCUGAACAAGAAGGGCGACAUGAUCGCCGUCGGCCACCAGAACAACGACUCGGUCGUCAUCUGGCAGCGCGACCUCGAGAGCGGCGAGAUCAUCGGGGAGCCUACCACCAUAGAGCUCCUCGGGGCCGUCGUCAUGACCAUCUGGGACGAGACCGAAGGCGAGACCAAGAAUUACGAGACCCCGACGCCCGAGACCGAUCCUACGAAGGCCGACACCGAGACCGAUCCUACGAAGUACCAGACCGAUCCUAAGAAGUCCGAAUCCGAGACCGAGACCGAUCCCAAGAAGUCCGAAUCCGAGACCGAACCCGAGAAGAAUUCCGGGACCCAGAAGACCGAGAAGACCGAGAAGUCCAAAUCCGAGUCCGAGACCGACAAGUCCGAGAAGAAGACCAAAUCCGAGUCCGAGACCAAAUCCAAGGAGAAGGUCGAGACUCAAUCGACCUCCGGCUACCCCUCCAAUUCCGACACGCCGCCCUCGUGUGACGGAGGGUCAAAGAAAGAGAAAGGGGAAGAGAAAGAGAAGAAGAAGGAGAAAGAGAAAGACAAAGAGAACAAGGGCUACUGA